CCCCUUACAUAGUAAUUACUUUGAUCGGCAGAUAGUCCCUGGUUAUUGUUUUUUUUUUUUAACUCUCUUUCUUUGCAUUUACGUUUAGUAUUUUUGAAUGAUACAAGUUUUUAUAAACCUUUGCGUGGAGCAAGAAGAGGAGGAAUGGCGUCUGCAAAAGUGAAGAUGACCAAGAACAAGGAUAACAUCCCCCAUGAGUUAGAGAGCCAGUUUAUUUUGCGGCUGCCUUCGGAAUAUGCUUCUACGGUGCGGAGGGCUGUUCAGUCUGGGAGCGUCAACUUGAAGGACAGGCUCACAAUUGAAUUGCAUGCGGAUGGCCGUCACGGAAUUGUGCGAGUAGAUCAGGUCCCCUUAGCUGCUAAGUUGGUGGACUUGCCUUGCACCAUGGAAAGCUUGAAAACCAUCGACAAGAAGACCUUCUAUAAGACGGCUGACAUUUGCCAGAUGCUUGUGUGCACUGUGGAUGGAGAACUCUACCCUCCUUUGGAGGAGCCAUCCGUGAGUACUGAUGCUAGAGCCAACAAGAAGAAGGAUAAGGACCGGGAGAAGAAAUUCAUCUGGAACCAUGGCAUUACGCUCCCGUUGAAGAACGUCCGAAAGAGGAGGUUCCGAAAGACAGCUAAGAAGAAGGUGAGUCACCUAGGUGAACCUUCGAGAUCUGUUGCUUACGGAGGCUGGAGUCAAAACGUAAAGCACGAUUGGCAAUUUGAGUUGAGGAUAGGCAGUUAUCUUGGCUUAUUCUUAACACCGUUCUAGGAAGUUUAUUUGAAG